AUGUCUCCGCAUAGAUCUACAGGCUGGUGUCGCACGACAUCCAGCAUGAGUACUGUAGCCAUCCUGUUGGCUAGUUCUUGUCUGAGCGCUGCAGCCAGCAAUUCCUUGGUUGCGCGCGUUCUCGAACCCCUUCCGCUAGGAUCGAUUUCACCCGAGGGCUGGUUGCAAGAUCAGCUCCAAUUGAUGAGCGAUGGACUUGCUGGUCAUGAACAUGACUUUUACAACUACGUCUCGGACAGCUCAUGGUUAGGAGGGUCGUCGGAGUACAGCAACCUGAACGAAGGACUGCCGUAUUGGUUCAAUGGCCUGGUGCCAUUGGCAUACGGCUUGAACGACCAAGGUCUGAAGAACCAGGUUUCCAAGACGGUCAACUAUGUCCUUUCGCACCAACAGUCGGACGGCUGGAUAGGUCCGGAAACAGACAAUAGCACUCGCAAUUUCUGGGGCCGAUACCCUUUCUUUCUGGGACUCGCUCAAUUGGCCGAAGCAGAAAACGGAACCGACACGUCCACGCAGAUUCUAGACAGCAUGCACAAAUUCAUCACAUUGAUGCAUUCUAUGCUCGAGGACAACUACCUUGGGUAUGUCGCUCAAAAAGGACAGACCGUCGAUGAUCAAUGGGGACGCUCUCGCGCGGCUGACAUGAUACUUGGCUUGCAAUGGCUCUAUGAGCACGAUCCCCGGGGUGACGCCCAGAUAAUUUUCGAUUGCAUGGACUUGCUAUAUGAGAAAGCGAAUAAUUGGUCUUCUUGGUAUACAGAUGGCGAAUAUAUCAAGCAAGAUCUGGACACAGUACCAGUUAACAUCACCCAAUAUUACUUUCCUUUCGAGCACGGAGUCAACGUCGGCCAAGGCCUGAAAUUUGGUGCUGUUAUCCGACGGUUCACUGGCAUUGACAGUUUUGCGGAUAGCGCUCGCACCGCAGUUGACUGGACCUUCCAAUACCAUGGCCAGCCGUCAGGAGUCGUCAUUGCAGAUGAAAGACUCUCCGGUCUCAGCCCGGUCCGCGGCGUGGAAUUGUGCUCCGUCGUCGAGACUAUUUAUUCUUUGAGUUAUCUUUACCAAGCCCUGGGCGAUGUCGACUUUGCAGACCGUGCGGAACUAGCAGCUUACAAUGCGCUCCCAGUGAUGCUGACACCAGAUUGGUGGGCUCAUCAAUACGUAGCCCAAACAAAUCAACCAAUAUCGCAUACUUUGAGUGAAGAUCCAUUUUGGAACGUGGAUCUCGAGGGUCAGCAUUUCGGACUCGCGCCGAACUAUCCCUGUUGCACUGUCAACCACCCACAAGGUUAUCCUAAGUUCGUCUCCAACUCAUUUGUUCGCUCAGGUGAUAAUGGAAUCGCACAUGCGCUGUUGGGACCGACGUCCGUGAAAACAACCACGAAUUCCGGAGUUUCUGUCAGCAUCUCUGUCGACACCCUCUAUCCAUUCGCCUACGAACUGACAUACACCGUAGAAGCGGACAAUGACUUCGACUUCUAUGUCCGUGUGCCUAGCUGGACUUCUGCAAGCAGUUUUGUCGCAAUAAAUUUUGGACCGCAUACUAAAGUCCAGGCGGAUUCGGCUUCUGGUCUUCAUCACCUUGCGCUCAGUAAAGGCAAGACCACCAUUCUCUACAGUUUGGCGACGGAUAUUCGCGUGAGUGAUCGGGCCAACGAUACCGUGUCAAUCUACCAUGGCACGCUCCUCUAUGCCAUCGCGCCGGGAGAGAAUUAUACCUCAUAUAGCUCCAACUAUACUGGAGCGCCCUCCGGUGUGGAAGAGUACGACAUCUACCCGACCUCGCCAUGGGCACUUGCAAUUGAUCCGUCAACGCUUACAUACAAUGGGGCAUCUCCCACUAGUUCUCUCUCGAAGACAAUUUGGUCGCUAAACGCGCCGCCAGUGUCUAUUACGGCCACUGCGUGCGAGAUUGAAUGGGACCUUGUGGGCGGAUACGCGCCGAAUCCACCCUUGAAGGCCGAUAGAAAGUGUAAAGGCAAUCCAUUAUCGAUCAAAUUAGUGCCGUAUGGAAGCGCCAAGUUGCACAUCGCUGAGAUUCCGACUAUGAGUCUGACAUGA